GGAUGGAGCAGCGCAUCCGCAUCUCGGACGCGACUGCUGUUCACGCACGUCACCAGAAGAGGCUAGCGCCUCGGCCACGCCUGCCGCCUCGAGUUCCCCGCCCUGGAGCUCUGUUUCGCGUUGCUUUGACGUUCAAAUCAACACCCUGACACUUUUCUUUCACUCACGCGCGCUUCCUUUGGGCCAGUCUCAAGUUUGCGCUGAGAAUAGCAUUCACGCGCGAUUGCUCCAGCCCACGCUCCCUAAAAGCUUGGAGGGCCCCACCGGACGUCGCUUUAUUUGCGUCCACCACAACAGGCAUCCCACCACGGACGUCGACUGCCGCCCUUGACACGCCCAAAUCUCAGUCGCAUAUCUAAAGACUCGUCAUGUCUGAAGCUCCCAAGGAUGCGGUCGCGCAGGCCCCCGAAGAUGCAGCUGCGCAGGCCCCAGUAGGCUCAGUCGCACAGGUCCCCGAAGAUUCACUCGCACAGGCCCAGGUCGAUGGCAGCGGCGAGCCAGCGAAUGGCUCUGCUUUGGCUGAGACUGAGUACAAGGUCGAGGUGAAGCUUGCGGAUCUGCAGGCGGACCCCAACAACCCUCUGUUCUCGGCCAAGUCCUUUGAGGAGCUCAAGCUAUCUCAGGAGCUUCUCCAGGGCCUCCGCCACAUGAACUUCCGCAAACCGUCCAAGAUCCAGGAGAAAGCUCUGCCUCUUCUCCUGCUCGACCCGCCUACGAACAUGAUCGCCCAGUCGCAAUCGGGUACUGGCAAGACCGCGGCCUUCUCCCUGAACAUUUUGUCGCGCAUCGACCUUAGUCUGGUGCAACCUCAAGCAUUGGUCCUCGCGCCCAGCCGAGAGCUGGCAAGACAAAUUUUGGGAGUGAUUCAGCACAUGGGUCAGCACAUGGAAGGCUUGAAAACUCUUGCUGCCAUUCCCGACCCGACCAGGAGGGGACAAAAGUUUGACGCGCAUGUUCUCGUCGGCACACCAGGAACGGCAACAGACAUGCUCAGAAGGCGUCUGAUAAACCAAGCCAAUAUCAAAAUCUUGGUGCUGGACGAAGCGGACAACAUGUUGGACCAGCAAGGUCUUGGCGAGCAGUGCACUCGUGUCAAGAGUAUGCUGCCAAAGGAGACUCAGACUGUCCUCUUCUCUGCUACAUUCCCUCCAAACGUCAUCAGCUACGCCAACCGGUUCGCACCAAACGCAAACGUGCUGACUCUGGCACACGAGGACCUUACUAUCGAGGGCAUCAAGCAGUUGUACAUCGACAUUGAUAAGGACAACGACAAAUACGCGACACUACUCAAGUUCUACGGUCUCAUGACACAGGCAUCAUCCAUCAUCUUCGUGCGGACGCGAAGAACCGCCGAAGAACUCGAACGCCGUAUGAUAGCAGAGGGCCACAAGGUUGCCCAGCUUAGUGGUGCAUUGGAGGGUCCUGAGCGUGAUCGUGUCAUUGAUCAAUUCCGAUCUGGAGAAGCCAAGGUGCUCAUCACAACAAACGUUCUUGCCCGUGGUAUCGAUGUGCAGUCGGUGACUAUGGUCAUCAACUACGAUGUCCCAACCAUGGCCAAUGGCAGAGAUGCAGACCCAGAGACCUACCUCCACCGCAUCGGUCGCACGGGUCGAUUCGGCCGUGUUGGUGUUGCCCUCACAUUCGUUCACGACAAGGCGAGUUGGCAGCAACUCCAUGACAUUGCGAGUUACUUCAAGACGGACCUCCACCCGAUUGAUACGAGUGAUUGGGACAAUGUCGAGGACAUGAUCCAGACUAUUAUCAAGAGCUCCAGGGCUGGCAAGAGCACGGAAGAGAUGACGGAGAUGGUUACCAAGGGGUCAUAGAAAGAUUCUGACCGCGGCCGUACAUGCGAGGAUUACAACACAGCGUGCUUACAACGGCUGUAUGCGCGAUCAGCGCGCUGAUGAUUGCAAUGCCUCUGCUCUACCCGCGACAAACGAGCAUAUAGUAGGAGGAACAAUGUUCUACAAAAUAGACGGAGCAUAUGAAGCAAUGAGACGAGAUGAGAUACCCAUCAAACCCGUCC